CAUGCGGCAGAGGGGCGGGGACCUGCUGGAGAGAGCACAGCAGAGAGCCAACCUACCUACAUGCCUAUUGUGUAAAUCUUAAAAAAGCAAUUAGCCGCAACAUCAUCUGAGCCUCCCACUCGCUGGGUAAAAUACUGAUUUUUGGAAAGAGGUGUUUUCAGGCGGUUCAAGAGAAGAUAUCAUCAUCACCAUCCUCAACCAUGACCGACAGGAAAGCUGUGAUCAAGAACGCAGAUAUGUCCGAGGACAUGCAGCAGGACGCCGUGGACUGUGCCACCCAGGCCAUGGAGAAGUAUAACAUAGAGAAGGACAUUGCAGCUUACAUCAAGAAGGAGUUUGAUAAGAAGUAUAACCCCACCUGGCACUGCAUUGUCGGGAGGAACUUUGGCAGCUACGUCACCCACGAGACAAAGCAUUUCAUUUACUUCUACUUGGGCCAAGUGGCUAUUUUGCUCUUCAAGUCUGGCUGAGAAGUUUCUGAUGGGUGUCGAGUUUUUCUCCCUGAACCUAAAUCGGAAAUGCACUGGUGGCUGACGUCUCCCAUACACUAAUAACAACAUACCAUAAUGAUGCAAAACCGGCCGUGCUCAGUUGCAUGGACUAUACACUAUUUAAUAUGUAUGUUACAGUAAGUUUACUUUUUGAUAGUUGCCAAUUGAGUGCAACUGAAGUAGAUUUUGUUGCCGUUAAAUUCUAGGUUGUAAAACAUUUCAACGUGGCCCUUGAUUGUAUAAUAAAGGAAAGCUGUAGAAUGUAGUGGUGCAUCUGCUUUCCUUCACAAGUGGCAUUGCCAGACCCUGUUAUGAGACUCCAUCUGUUGGUUUAGAUGGUAAAAUCAUACUGCGUGCACCACUUUAACAAUUCAUUACCAAGAUUUUAACUCCUGAUCAUGAAAGUUGGUUAAUGGGGUAAAACUGUCAGGCUCUUCUUAUUACGAGUUACUUUACAGCACAGACAUACUUUAUCCAGACAGUGUGAGUUCUUUUUAUCACUCUUACUAAUUUAAGUGAUUUAUGUUGUCUGGAGAUGUGUGUGUAUUCAAAACUUUCAUUUUCAAUUUGGGUUUAAAACAAACCUCUAACAGAAGUGAAAUUAUAGCAGCUGCUUUCAGAAAAGAUGUCAACAUCCGCCACACUUUGGAACCAACACAAGCCAGUUAAAGCAUUUCCAAUUUGUCAGCGCUUAUAUUUUCACUGUGAACAAAAUAAAGUUCACGCACAGACCUUGACCUGUAAUGUUUGAGCAUUAACUCUACAGACUGGUUACCAAAAUCUACCAACUCGCCUACCUAUAUUUGAAUCUUCUAGUUCCGGUUUCUGCAUGUUUGGAGGAUAAUAACCACGCGUGCUUUAACUGUCAUCAGACACACACACACAAACACACACGCAAAGGCUCAUCUUGGGGCUAAAUAAUUAGAAUUGUUUCAUUUUGAGUUUGUAGAUAUUGGGCUGGUUUGUAUCUUGUCCCAAUAAUUGCUAUAAAGCAACAUUAGGAAGGUGAUCUAGAUAAGAACAUCUGCAUCUAACACGGUUACAACACACCUGUGUUUCAGAUGGUUGUGUCAUCUUAUGUGCUUGAUAUUUUCAAGUUUUAUUUUGUUAUAUUGUCCCCGGCCUUUUAAUUUCGCAUCGCCGGGCAUGCAGGGAAGACAAAGCAUUUGGAGGUGGGAAUUACAGCAACUGCAAGCAGGUGUACCUCUUGUCUAGCACUCUGAUUUGGGAUUUUCAUUUUGUCAUGUCAAUACAAUUGAAAUGGCAAUGCACAGUGUCUGGAUUGUGAUGAUAUAUGUUUGUUGGAAUUGCAGGUUGGAGACAUUUAGUCUUAGAGUCAACACCACAUAAUUCUCGCUGUGUUAAGACUGAAUGUUUGCUCCGUUGUUGCCGCCCAUAUUCCAGCUAUGGGCGAAGUGUGCAUCUCUCAAGUGUUUGGAUUGUUUUCAAGGGGUGUCUUCCUAACUAUUGUUAAUGUGAAUUGAUUUAGUAUUGUUUUCCUCUGGCAUGUAUUUUUGCUGUGUAUAUGUAGGAGCCGUUCCAAUGCUGUUGAAUUUACACAAAAUGUGUGCCUGUCAUUGCUCUCAACUGUAACCGGCUUGAGUACAAUUGCACUUCAUUAGAAUUAUCCAGUAGGUUGCUGCACUACCAAAAAAUAUAAAAACUCAAUAAAAUAUAAACUAAUUGUUGACUUAU